AUGGCGGCGGCGGUGACCUUCCUCAGGCUUCUGGCCCGGAGCGGCGCGGUAACGCGGAGCCUGCCCGGGGGCGCCAGGUGCUUCGGGGUGCGGACCUCGCCGACCGGGGAGAAGGUCACGCACACCGGCCAGGUUUAUGACGAUAAAGACUACAGGAAAGUUCGAUUUGUAGGUCGUCAGAAAGAGGUGAACGAGAACUUCGCCAUUGAUCUGAUAGCGGAGCAGCCUGUGAGCCAAGUCGGGAGUCGGGUGAUAUCAUGCGACGGCGGCGGGGGGGCCCUGGGCCACCCCAGAGUGUACAUAAACCUGGACAAAGACACCAAGACGGGCACGUGCGGCUACUGCGGCCUGCAGUUCCGGCAGCAGCACCACUAG